AUGGCAGACUUUUCAGCCUGGAUAGAGCAGAAUAAAGGGCUCUGGACACGCGUGUACGAUGAGGUCAUUCAACCUGAUCUGGAGAAAGAGUGGAAGAAGAGGGAAGACAAUCAUAAGAAGGAGUUAGAGCAGAAGGAAGAGAACCAGCAGAUACUAUUCGAACAUCUAAACGAUGAGAUUUUGAAAACUGCCCAUCUUGUCAAGGAGAAUGCGCAACUCAAGGAACAACUCGAAUCUGCCGGUCAGACCUACCAGGAUGCUUCUAGGAUUGGCGCCUCAGGUGCGUCCGAGGAAGAGUAUCGCCACCUCGUCGCCGAGAAUGAACAGUUGAAGCAACAACUCAAGGCGCUUGAAGACACAGCUACUCUGUCGCCAGACCAUGAGACUUCCAAGGAAGUAAGAACGAACGCCUCCGAAGAAGAGCAUCAUGACCUUGCCGAGCGAUUUAGCGAAUUGACCAAAAAGUACCGUGAUAUGUCUCAUAAAAUCAAGUACCUAGAGAGGAAGAACGCUACUGUCAUGCAGAAGAACAAGGAUAUGAAAGAAAACGUGCGCGCAUGGCAAGAGUACGCGGAUAGACAAUUUGGAAAGCAAAAGGCAAAGAGUGAGGCUAGAGAGGAUGGCAAGUCUAACGUGGCUGCUGUUCACCUUCUUCCUGAGGACCGACCUCACAUGCCCUCCAGUCCAGGCUCUGCAGCCACUAUCCGCACGCCUGGAUCAUUCGUCAACCCGGAUCGCUCUUCUCCUGCUGCUUCGACUUUGUUUCCGCGUUCAGUCGUGGGAACGACAAAUCGGUUGGCCUCCUCGACGACGGCUGGUGGAGAAGAUGCCCAGAGUCCGACCACGACCAUCACUCCAAAGGCUAGCAUUCGGCUGGAAGAUGCCCAGCAACAUCAGCAUCAACAUGACGAUGGCACCGGCCUCGGUGUCUCAUCACACAUUCAGCGCAUAAUAUCUGACCACGAAGGCCACCGUUCAGCGAUCCCAAGCUCUAGUCAGACAACCGUAGAUGAACCCGAACAGUCAAGAAGCAUAUUCGAACCGGCCGUGGACGCAGAUGAUGACGACGUUCCCCAGUUCGUUUCUGAGCGAUCGCUAAAACGAAAACGAGAGCAGCCAUCAAAAUCAAGGUUCGAGAUAUACGCAGAUCACUCCUCAGAUGGCACGCCGGUAAAGCCUCAUCGAGUGAAGGAAGAGCCGCAGAGUAGUCCACCAGUUUCCAUUUCGAUGGUGGCUCGGACUGAGACGAUGGAUCUUGACGAUCCUGCGCCCCAUGGACUCAAAACGCCGCGCCAACCUCGAACGCGACUCUUAUAUGACGAUGAUGCUGCAAAAACACCUCGUCAGCAUAGGCCCGACAGCGCACCGCUAACGCAGGCCAUCAAGAAUGAGAACCUGGAUAAUACUGAUCUGCUUGGUCUCUACUGUGAGACGGAUGAUCCUCAAGUUGUUAGAGGCAUCCAACCAAGGGCUAUCAGUGAGCCGGUUGAACCAACUCAAGUAGAGGAUGCCGCGUUGAGGUCUCUUGAUCCUAACGUAGUGAGCAGUGCUUCGGAGGAACCUCCAAACAAGCGCUCAAGACAAGCCCAAGCGUAUCAUCAAGCCAAACAUAACUUUUUGGCAGAGUCGGACGAAUCACCGCCUCCGAUGAACCAUGAUUCGCCGAGAUUGCCACCUAGCACAGCUCGAGCGCAGAUGAAUCAGAGACUACAAGCAUUGAAGAACCUCCAGACACCAGACAAGACUUCACCGAAGACACCCAAGUCAGGAUCGGUGAAAAUCAAGACUGAGCAAGUGGCAACCCCACCCGCAAGCUCGUCACGGCCCACCUAUACACCCUCCAGCAGUAGAAGAUCACGUAACUCAAAGUCGAAAACGCGCACGACGCCUCGCGAAGAUCUGACGCCAGAAGGUCCUUUAUGGACUAUGAGAGCUCCUGAGACGCGUACCAGUGCACGAAGGAACCGCGUACCGCCACCAAAAGAGAAAGAGCAAUGUCUCCGCGAUAAACCAGUGAGUGCGCUUAGCGUCAAGGACUUCAAGCCAAACCCAGAAUACAACCAAGGCUACAGCUACGCAUUCUCAGAGACUGUACGCAAGCGAGGCGAUCGCAUGUGCCUCCCUGGCUGCACCAACCCGCAAUGCUGUGGCUCCACCUUCCGAACUUUUGCCCAAGUCCAAGCACCGCUUAGCUCGUCGCAAGAGGAGGAACUGCUCGAGGAUUACCUCGGCGAUGCAUACAGCACCAUGCAGCUUACGCAGAUGUCGUCUGAAGAACGACAAGAGCUUGUCCUGCAAGCCCGGACCAAAAAAUUGGCCAAGGAGUCGGGCAAGCAUCGUGAGGCGUAUGAGCGACGAAGAACACCGCCGGGCUUCUGGAGAGUCGACUUCCCGACCACGCAGGAACAGCAGGAGGAUAGGGAGCGUGCCAUGGAGCAGGAUAAAGCAAUUGUGCAAGAGCGCUGGUUGGAAGCGCAUAGAAGGGGUGGGAAGUGGAUCUUUAGAGAUGAAUAG